CUCUUCCUCUAUCUAAUCAGAUAGCCGCCAUUUUUUUAAGCGCAGACAGAGAAACAAGGAGCAGUAAUACGGUGCCGUUUCGCAUCUAAGGACAUCCAAAGUUAGACAAUGGCUCAAGUAACAAUGGAUCCUUCUAAAAAAGUUGAUGACAAUGUUGCUUCCUCUACUUACAAAUCUCAAAAUUCAGCGUCAUCAUUCAAAAGGUUGGGCAGGAAAUCGCCAUUCACUAGAUAUGGACUUCCUAUGAUCUCACUAAUGGUGCUUGGGUCUUUUGGCCUUGGCCAUCUUCUGCAAGGCAGCAAGGAUAUUGCUAAAGUGAAGGAUGAUCGUGAGUGGGAGAUCAUUGAGACAAGAAAAGCACUUUCGAAGGAAGGGCCUGUCAAUGCAUAUAACCCCAAAAAGAUAAAUUUGGAGGAUGAGUUGAAGGCUCUGCAAGAGAAGGUUGAUAUAAACACUUACGAAUACAAGAGAAUUCCUAAGCCCAAUGAGGGCAAAUGAAAAGGCAGCAUUUUUCUGAGGCCUUGACCAUCAGAGUUGAUAGCUUGGAGUGCCUCAUGCCGUCCGGUUUCAGACAUCCUUCGAAGGGGGAAAAGACGGCGUGCUGGUGAAGAAAAGGCAAUGACUGCGAGCCCAAACAUAUUGAGCACAUCUUCUGAAAUUUGAACCCAAACAAAUCAAUUUACAAAGUGCCAAAAAUUCUACAUUCUAUUUCUAGAUGUGCUAUUGAACACUUUGAUAUGCCAAUGCUUUAAUUCAAAGAUCAGAAAAAGUAGCUGUUACAGCA